ACAUUCUAAAUAAUUUUUCCUUAAAAGAACAUGAAUUUGUUUAAUAUUCUUUUUCUUUAAAAAUAAAGAAAAAGAAAGACAAAUUCCCUUCGUCUCGUUUGUGAGCCAAACGAUGCCUUAAACCUUGAUGGAAAACAUAAUAAUUUUCUCGACCCUUAUGCUUGAUAUUGAAAAAUUUCUGAACUGAGGCCCAAAUCCAAUUAAUUAAGAACAGGGUUUAGGGUUUUGUAUGUGAACAGUGAGCGAAUAAAGAAGAAGAAGAAAGGGAAUUCAAUUGAGAAGUUUUGGAAUGGAUAUGAGCCAAAAAUCAACAGAGAAAGAGGAAGUAGCUCCCUCCACUGUUCUGGCUUACUUGGAUCCUAACUACUGGAACGAAAGAUUCUCAAAAGAGGAACAUUAUGAGUGGUUCAAAGAUUACUCUCAUUUCCAACAUCUCAUUCAAGCCCACAUCACUCCCAACUCUUCUGUAUUGGAGCUUGGUUGUGGGAAUUCGCAGCUGUGCGAGGAAAUGUAUAAAGAUGGGAUCACUGAUAUAACAUGCAUUGAUUUGUCUGCUGUUGCGGUGGAGAAGAUGCAGCAACGGUUAUCUGCCAAGGGAUAUAAUGAAAUAAAAGUGCUGGAAGCUGACAUGCUAGAUCUGCCCUUUACCGACAAGUGUUUUGAUGUGGUUAUUGAGAAAGGAACCAUGGUAAACAGACAAGAAAGACUGACAUCUCUUAUUCAAGAUGUACUGUUUGUUAAUAGUGGUGAUCCAUGGAAUCCAAGACCUGCAACUGUAAAACAGGUCAAGGCAAUGCUUGAUAGUGUUCACAGGGUUCUAAAACCCGACGGCAUUUUCAUCUCAAUUUCUUUUGGGCAGCCACACUUCAGGCGUCCUAUAUUUGAUGCUCCGGAGUAUACAUGGUCUCUUGAGUGGAAAACUUUUGGUGAUGGGUUCCAUUAUUUUUUCUAUAUCUUGAGGAAGGGAAAGAGAUCUUUGAAUGAUAAAGAAACAAGUGGGAAGGUUGAGGUGCCACCUAUUUGUCUUUUCCAAGAAGAAUUAGAGGGCGAAGAUUUUAUCUUUAGAACCAAUAUUUAAGAUGAUUAAUGAUUAUAACUUGCUUACUAUUUUGUUGUACAAUUGAAAUGAAUGUACGGUCUAUCAAAUUAUGCAUGAUUAUCAUUCAUCAUUCCAAAUUUCUUAGCCAUAUAUUGUAGUUUUUGCAACAAAAAUAGCAACUGAUUUGAGAGAAUUUUCGCAA